AUGGAUGGAGUGCUCACUCAGAUGCCAGGACAGAUCCUCAGAGAUGUGGACAUCCAGGAACUUAAAGCUGGAGAUUACUUUAUUAGUCUAUUUUAUCCAUUUGGAACUGGAGACACUGAGAAUGAAGGAGGUUCUGCAGUCAACAACCAGGGAUACUUGACUUUUAAACCAAUAUCGUACACCUACUUUCCAUACAGGUUCCCAAAUGGUGGGAAAGACAUCAUUGCUCCAUUCUGGACUUAUAUUGAUAACAGGUUAAACGGUGUUAUCUCAUAUCGCCAGUACACUUCUGGCAGUGUCCUGACACAAGCUACACAAGACAUAAACCAAUACUUCCCUGAUUUGAGAUUUUCUGCUUCGUGGGUCUUUGUUGCAACAUGGGACAGAGUGGGAUAUUAUUACUAUUUGAAUACAGAGACAUCUUUCCAAGUGGUUUUGAUUUCAAAUGGCAAUUUCUCAUUUGUUUUAAUGAACUAUGGUGCAAUUGCCCCAUCAGCACUAGCUGUACAGCCUGGUUAUGACACCAUCGACUCAAGCCACUAUUUCUCAAUUACUACUUCACUGGAAAACUGGAAAAACUUAACAUACAGCAGCAAUGUCAAUGUUUCAGGCAGAUGGGCCUUCAGAACAGAUCUUGGAUCACGUUGUCUAUUCAAUGGCACAGGUCCAUUUUAUCCAUUUGGAACUGGAGACACAGAGAAAGAAGGAGGUUCUGCAAUGAUUCACCUUUUCCAACCAUUUACAUUUUUUGGACUCACAUACAACCAAAUUUAUGUCAACAACAAUGGAUUCUUGACUUUUAAUGCGGCAUGGUACAGCAACUAUCCAAACAGCUUUCCCGCAUAUGGUGGCAAAGACAUCAUUGCUCCAUUAUGGGCUGGUGACAGUUUAAGCGGUAAUAUCUCAUAUCGUCAGUACACUUCUGGCAGUGUCCUGACACAAGCUACACAAGACAUAAAUCAAUACUUCCCUGACCUCCACUUUUCUGCUUCAUGGGUCUUUGUUGCAACAUGGGACAGAGUGUGGAAUUUUUACUAUCAGAAUACAGAAACAUCUUUUCAAGUGGUUUUGAUUUCAAAUGGCAGUUUCUCAUUUGUUUUAAUGAACUAUGGUGCAAUUGCUAUAUCACAACAAUCUAUACGGGCUGGUUACGACACCAUCAACUCAACCUACUAUUUCUCAAUCACCGAAUCACUGCAGAAUGAUUUCACAAGCUUAGCAUGCAGCAGCAAUGUCAAUGUUUCUGGCAGAUGGGCCUUCAGAACAGAUCUCGGAUCACAGGGUUGUCAAUUCAAAGAUCUGGAUGAAUAUCAGGUAAAUUCAUCUCUAUGUGGGGCAAAUUCCAACUGCACAUAUGUAUAUGGAGGUUACAGUUGCUCAUGUCUACAAGGAUUUACUCCAACAUUCCCAAAUCACACGAUCAGCAUCAAUAACACAUGCACGGAUAUUAAUGAAUGUCUGAACUCAUCUUCUGUUUGUGGGCCAAACUCAUAUUGUCAGAAUAUCAAUGGAAGCUACUCAUGCUCUUGUUUGAGAGGAUAUAAUGUUACAAAGAUGAAUGAAACUGUUAGUAAUAGUAACCCAUGUACUGGAAACUUCCUUUCCUUUGGCAAAAUGGGUCAAAAGAAGGACUUGACAGGCUCAGAAAAGUCAAAAAUAGUGAGAUAUCUUGCAGAGGGAUGCAGCAGUCUUAAAAUUGCAAAGCUUCUGAAGCGUGAUCAUCGAACAAUCAAGCGUUUAAUUCAAAAUAGUCAACAGGGUCACAAGAAGCGUGUGGUAAAACCAAGGCGCAAAAUAACUGCCCGUGAACUGAGAAAAGUCAAGCGUGCAGCUGCCAAAAUGCCACUUGCCACCAGUUUGCCCAUAUUUCAGAGCUGCAACAUCACUGGAGUGCCCAAAAGCACAAGGUGUGCAAUACUCAGAGACAUGGCCAAGGUUUUAUGGACUGAUGAAAUGAGAGCGAGUCUUGAUGGGCCAGAUGGAUGGGCCCGUAGCUGGAUUGGUAAAGGGCAGAGAGCUCCAGUACGACUCAGACGCCAGCAAGGUGGAGUACUGGUUUGGGCUGGUAUCAUCAAAGAUGAGCUUGUGGGGCCUUUUCGGGUUGAGGAUGGAGUCAAGCUCAACUCCCAGUCCUACUGCCAGUUUCUGGAAGACACCUUCUUCAAGCAGUAG